GGCCUGGCGUCGUUCUCGCCACCGACGUCGCGUCGUGACACCGACAUUCACGUUUCGUCGUACUAUCGACUCGCGAGGGAGAUGUAAAACGCAUGUUAUUAAUCGCGACACGAAAACACAUCUCGCGACGUACGCUCGACGUGGGAUCGAUGUUCAACGACGGGUGGUCUGUGGAGAACGGGCGUGAAAGAGGAAUGAAUCGCUUACAAACGAUGCGAACUACACUCGCGUCCUCUUUAUUUCACGAUCGAUAAAAAAUCCAUAGAUUACUCUGGAUGUUAAUUCCGAGAUUAAAGAAUUUACAACGAUGCCAAAGAACUAGUUGAUCUGUGUAAUGUAACGAACGCGAGAUCAUCCAAUCCAAAAAGUACAACGAGAAUCACAACGAGAAACCCAAGCUCGAUGCAUUCCGCGGUGCAUCGCGCACAAGAGAUGCGUUUAUCACGACAGAAGCGCAUCCGGUCAUCGUCCACGUGCUGAAAUGCGCGAGUUGUCAAUGUGAUCGUAUCAUUACCGUUUCUCUUGAGGAGACGUAGUCGUCUCCUCUCACAGAUUGACGAAUUCAACGAGUCUUCAGUCACUUUUUAUGAUUUACGGAUCGCACAGAGCUACAGAGUCAGCAACCACCACGGGGAUCGCUUGGCUUCACAAUAUCACCGUUCAAGGUGAAAUGAGCAGUAGCGGUGGAUUCGGCGUCGGCGCCGGCGGACCGACCCUCGCGGCCGCUCAACAAGGUCAAGGAGUGGCCGCCCUUAUGGUGAUGCUUGCCGUUCUGUGCUUCAUCUUUGCUUAUUGCUGUUGGGGCGCGCCUUUCUGUCGAUCCCUAUGCAGACGACAUUGCUGCUGUCGUCUGGAAGAUCCUGAUCCGGAUCUACAAUUCGGCGGCAGUGACCAAGCCAUGGUAGCAACGCCGACAAUCAUCCUCCUGCCGCAUGGUAGAAUGCUUGUUGUUGACGGCACAAUUUUCACUCAGUUCCAGACUGAUCCUACUACAGGUAUAGACCUGGUGGAACUUGGCGAUAGUAUGUUGCGAGCUCAGAGAAAUCCACGAAGCGUAAAUCGUCAUCAGUUACAGAGCAGUCAAGGCAGUAUCCUCGAAAUGGAUGCUGAAACACCUAGCAAAGACAGCUUAGGUUCCGUCGGAUGUUUCCCGCCGCCUACUUACGAGAGUAUUUACGGCAAAGAGGAAACUGACAUGCCUCCUUCAUAUUCUGACAUUCUUUUACACAGAUUCGCCAAUUUACCGCAUGAAAUUGAUAUGCAUGGUUAUUGUCGUGAUGGCAAGGAAGAGAUUGAGAUGCAGAGUCUAGACAAUUGUCCGCAUAUCAUUGGUAAUCCGUUGAACUCGAUACCUGGAUAUCAUCCUUAUGCCACGGUGACAAGUCUGUCUAGUCUGCAGAGCUACCCGCGACGGAAUGUUUCGCGCAAUCCGUCCAUUAUCAGCAAUCCAUUAGACAACUUUUACGUGGACAACGAGCUUAGUCUCUAUCGACUCAGUCGGGAGACGAUGCCUCGGGUUUCCAGUAACGAUGCGAACCUCGAGAACUUCCGCGCGUCUCACGACGAGAUGUCUUUCCGCGUUCCGCUCGAUGAGAACGAGAAUCAUCGGCACGCAAGCCGUAACAAUUAUCAAGUCGCCGGCAAUGAGCUGAUGAAUACGAGGAAUCGCGCCCGCAGCGCUUCCAGGUUGAGCCAGGAUAGUCGCAGGAAUUCAUUGAAUCGCGAUGGAGACCAACAUCAAGUUUUCGUCAGAUUGCCUGAUCCCGAAGAGAUCGAGGCUGCGCGAGAUAGACGUAUCGAUGAAGAUCAGCGACCUCGAAUGUACCGCGAGGAUCAGAACGCGAGGAACCUGCAUCUUGAUCAUCCCCAAUUGCAAGAUGAGAUCAAUCGCAACAUUGUUGAGGAUGAUCCCAGAUACUUUGCGAGGAACAGGCGACUGGAGAAUGAAGACAGGAAUCAGAACGAAGCUGAGGCAGUUCAGUAUCCCGACGAGGAGGCCGGUAAUUUCGGCGCGCUCGCCGAUAUUCGUGAGAGCAGAGUGUAAUCUAGACUUUUAAUUGUGCGUUCGCAUUUUUUUCGGGUGAUUGCUAAAAAGGGCAUUAACCGGAUAUUGUCAGAAAUGCUUCAAAAGCACUACGUAGAAAAUUUCAUUCGAUUCUUCAACAACAAGAACGUAGUUCAAAUUUGAAGAAACGUUUAUGACCAAAAAAUAAUUGCCAUCUUCAUCAUCUUUAUGAGCUUGUUAAGAAUGUCGUAGUGUUCCUGCAGUUUAUAAUUAACGUUAACAUCUUGUUUUAAUUUCGUGAAUUAAGGGAAUUAUUUCGUGCCCUUUAUACCAUGUGAAUUUGAUAUACAACAUCUCGCACGAUAGAUAAAGAAAGUUGCGUGACAAGACAACUUAACAGAAAUUGCGACAAAUUUCUACGUUAAGUUAUAGGGUAUUGUUUCAAUCAUAUUCACACACAAAUAAGUUGAUAUCCAGAAUUAAGAAUUAUGGAAAUCGAGUCAAGAAGUUGUGGUUACAAGAUAAAUAUUGCAUUGUGCAGAAAAUAUAAGACGAUGUUAUAACUGUAUAUGUAUAUAUAUAUGUGACAAUAUAAUUGUACGUGACAGUCUAGUAAAAUUCGUCACACAUACACGUACAUACACACACACAUGCAUAUUUCUGACAGAUGAUCGUACAGUAAAGAACAACGAUUUUUUCUUGAAAGUAUAAUAUAUGGCGACCAGAAAAGAUUGGAAAGAGAAAAAGGAAAAGAUAAAGAUAAUCAUAGGUUCUUUUGAGAUAUAUUGGAUAACGUGAAAUAUUGAAAAUAUCAAAGUACAGUUUUUAUAAAAUAAAGAUAAAAAUUUCAAUCAUGCGAUAAAUUAUGUUACGUAAUCGAAGUCCUUCCUGACAAGAAAACAUCGAUCACAAGAAGUUAGCAAAAAUCGAGCAGUUUUAAAUGUGAACGUUUGUAUGGGAAAUAUUGUGUUUAAAUCUAACAAACGAAUCAUAGCAAAGUUAGUUCAGUCCGUCCAGGCUUUAAUAAGCGCGCUUAAGUUUCACAAGCAUCACCCGCAGCAAUUUAAUCAUGAUUAGCGAUUUUCUUCCCCUUGAUAUUUUAUAGAUAAGCUAAACAGAUAUCAUGACCAUUAAAUAGUUGUUAUACCAUUAAAAAAAUAGUAUGUUUCUUAUAUUAUUUAUAGAAUACACUCUCCUCACUAUUUUUAAAUGGUACUAUCCAUUGUGGAUACAUCGAACGAUUUUAAUAUUUGCGAAAAGUGAUAAAACGGAAAUC